AUGGAAAAAAUAUGGAAGUCACACCGUUUUGGCAUUAUAGGGCAGCCAAAACCAGUGUCUAUGUGGGAUUGGAUAAUUCAAUUGCAGCAACAGUUAACAGAGGAUUCCUUUCUCUUGGCGGUCGUCGUAGUGUGGAAAGCUUGGGAGUCAAGAAAUCGAGAGAUGCAUGGAGAGCAAGGGAUGGCGACGGACGAGUUUAUUAGCUGGGGUCUGACUUUUCUCAAUUUGUAUCAACAAGCACAACUUCCUCGUACUCCCAUACAUCAACGCGCUCAUCAAACGGAGUGGAAACCGCCUCGAGAAGGAAUAAUUAAACUGAAUUUUGAUGCAGCUCUUCCAGCUGGUACAAACCAUUAUUCGGUGGCUGUGAUAGCUCGAGAUUGGCAGGGUCACUGUAUCUUUUGGGCAGCUAGAAGCUUUAGAGGCCGACCAAGGGCAGUCGAUUGUGAAGCUCAUGCUGCACUAUUCGCAUUGACUAGAGCCAAAGAGGAAAGUUGGCCAUCAAUUAUUCAGGAAGGAGAUUGCCUCAAAGUUGUCGAAGCUCUUCGAGGAGAGGAUGCUCAAUCAUGUUCGUUUGGCGCUUAUGUCGAAGAUUGCUGGUUAUAA